AAUAUGCAUCAGUUGUGGUCAGCAGCAAAGUGAAUCAUCAUCUAAAAAAAAAGUUAAAGGCCUACUAAGCCCAAAGUCUACUAAUUGUGAAGUGAUCAAGUUCCAGAAAAACCAAAAAAUCCAAGAUGCCUUGCCCAUGCGGAAGCGGAUGCAAAUGCACCCAGACCAACAAGGGAUCCUGCAACUGCGGCACUGACUGCAAGUGUGGUGGAGCCAAGAAGUCCGCCUGCUCCUGCUCCAAGUGAGCUGGAGAAGAUCUGGAGAAGAAUGGCUCAGACUCACAUCUCCGAACUGAUUUCCCUUUUUUUUACUUACUCAGUCAGCUAAAUUGUAUUAACAAACAUGUUUUCUCAUUUUCCCUCCACACAAUGUUCAAUUAAAUACAAUUGAAACCUAA